CUCCCCCUUCACUGUAGACGUUCAGAGGACAAAGACUAAAAUGGGUCAGACUCGGGAGAAGCCAGGAUCUCUCGUUGCCGGAAAGAUUACAGCUCAUGUUACAUCGUUACUGUAGGUUGCAUACACAUCUCAACGUACGGCUUAAUGUACCCAGGGGAGAAUUUUUUUGUUGUUGAGGAGAAUUGCGGUUUUAUCGCAACUCGAAACGUUCGCGGUGCAUAUUUAAAGGGACGGUGACGAGGUGCCUUGUUCCUCCGAUACAGACGCUUCCUGGGAAUGUGAAAAUAAUAAUCGAAUCGUCACUGUUCUCCUCAACAUGUCUCUCUGGACUCACUGAUUGUAUGACGUCUCCUCUGGACAUCGUUUUAAUACACCUGUCUGGUGCGGAUGUUAUUGUCUCGUGAAUCAACGACAUACCGCUAAAAACAUUGGGUGCAGUAAGUGUACCAGUUAUUCGGCUUCUAAGGGACAACUACUGGAUUAAAUGAAUGGGGUUGUCCUACACAAACUACGUAGGCCCGUGUGUCUAUCCAAAUGAAAAUGCUUGUAGGUGCUUAGCCUACUGCCAACCUCCAGUUACUGGUUAACUUUGACCAGCACACAGACGAGAAGAGCUGAACAGAGGAGCAAAGUUCUGCUUGAGAGGGAGGGAGAAGGAGAGAAAUGUGACCUGAGAUAAAGUACUGAAAUGUGGACUAUGAUACCUUAAUGGAGACCUGCAUUAAGACACAGACAGUUGGAUUGUCAGAAUCUGCCAUUGACCCUGAGAGAGUGGCGUUUUGUUUGACCAACUAGAGCCCGUGGGCCUGUGACAUCAUCGUGACAUCAUGUUCCUCUCAGUGACCCGUCUCAUCCCUGCCAACACCACAUCGCUGCUCCUCUUGGUCGCCAUGGUGAUGCUAGCCGCGGCCACCAACCCAGCCCCAGAGACGUGUUUCUCCAGACAGCACCAGGGUGCGUGGGUGAACGUGCGCCAAGCACUGAACAGAUCGACCACAGUCAUGGCCUCAAGAUUCGUCCCGUCAGAGAGAGAGUGUGUUCUGGCCUGCUGCUCAGAGGACAUCAAGCCAGGUAUAAAGUGCACUUUGGCAGUGUUCAACAACCUGAAGCCCAGAGUGCCCCCCAACAACCUGAACUGCCAUCUGUUCAACUGCUGGACAGAGCAGGACUGUCCCCUACAGCAGGCUGAACCGGGCAUCAACACUUACGACAUCUUCAAAGUGCAACCAUCUACUACCACACUGCAACCAACUCUAACUAGAUCUACAACUACAACUCCAGCCCAAACCACUUCUACCACAUUACCAACCACAACUACUACUACUACCACCACCACUACCACACCAGGUACUACUACCACUACCACCACCACCGCCACACCUGACCCUUCUACUACAGCUACCACAACACAGCUAUCUACAACCACAACACAACCAACUAAAACC